AUGGAUCCGUCUGCCAGCGCGGAAAACGCAGCUAACGACUCUAGUUUGGAGCCCUACCCGCCUACAUUCGCGAUCAGGCUGAGCCAAAGCGGAGAUUCCGAGGCAAAUUUCCGGACCGAAGACGACCCAGAGGAUCCAGACCAACGGUCGAACGUUAUUCAACGACGGGGAAUUUUCUACGCUGAUUGUUUCUGCACGGACAUUGUUCACGGAUACUAUUCCGCCGAUCCCAAUAGCAACGACCUCGCCAGUGUUAUCGUCCUCAAAUUUCGCUUCGAGCCACUCGAGCAAAAUCACCGCAUAAAGAAAGUAGAUAUCCAGGUCACCUUCUUGCCCAAAAAUAACGAGGGCUGCGAGCCAUGGAUUGACAGAAUGCAUCCCGAGGGCUUCUUCAGCGUUCAGCCGACGACGCAGCGCGAGACGGUGAACACAUCAGCUGGUGGUAAAGUUGGUGCAAAUGCGACAGGGGUAGAGGUCGGAGCCGAGUUGAAGCGCGAAAAGACAGUGGAAAGAGACACCUCUGAUGCAACAACCGUGCAAGGCUUCAUCCUCACCGAGGGUCGCAACUAUGGCAAACCCAACAGCGUAUCAUGGAUUUUGCGAGAAAACAAAACCACCAAGACUGGAGUGCCAACGAGCAUGCAGGCCGCCAUCUUGCUAAAGCGCAUCGAUUUGUCAAAGUUCCAGGCCCACUUCACUUUGAAGAUCUAUCCGAAUUGGCUGGCCACAGCCUUAUCUUUUAUGAAGUCCAAUCCCAGGGACGAUCCUGUCACUUUUGACCCACGGAGAAAGCCGACAAACAGGCUGCAGGUGUACGACACUGAUGAUCUGGGGAAUCCAGAGAAACUGAAGCUGAAAGACCUGUCUGAUGUUACUGUUACAACCAUUGUUAACGAUGCCGUCAAACAAAAGAAGCCAGAGAACAAGUGA